UGCACGUCGAUGUAGUGCAAGUGACUAUUUUGAACAAAAAUUAAAAUAAUCUGAAAUUAGUUGAGGAACGUGUUCGCUAUUACUUGCUUCUUGGGAUGUCCGACUUGCUCCCCCCUAGCCCUACUAGGCCCUGUUCCCGCGUAGCUGUGAACACCAUACCAUAACUUAUGCCAUAGGCAUAAUCCUAAAUACUACUACUACUACACUACUGUACGCAGUUUGGACCCUCUGAAAAUUAAUAAUUCAUUCUAUCUUCUAGUUCUACUUCUUCUAGUGUGGCGAAGAUCAGCUCUGGACUAGCAGCAAGUGCAGCCAGUGGAUUACUUCUUUACGAUCGGCUAUGUCCUUUUGGCGCUAUCCAACUCGACUGCUGGAAGCAGCUCAAGACAAUGAGGCGGAACACAUCGACAAACACAAGCGCAUCGUUGUGGAGCACUACCUGUUGAAAGGCUUGGAGGUGGGGUCAGGCGCAGCACUAGUAACACUGCCACCCUACUACUACUUCCGACGACGCUUCCACCUCUUCCACAUCUGUAGUCGAACCAACACUAUCGGAGGGCUCCUAACGAUUGCUGGUGGCGUUGCAGCGACGGUGCUGGGCUUGGCGCGAACACGAGGCAUGUCACAGGAUGAGCUGUAUGACCAAGCGCAUCGCCUCAAUCACAGCCGGACGCAUAAUUUCAUCGACAUAAUGGCAGGAACCGGCGCGAUCUUCUGUGGCUUCACCACCCUGUCUGUUGGAUAUCCGUUUGGGUACAAGCCUCACUUUGGUGUUACCGUCCCCAAGGAACCAUGGGGGCGACGGAUUCCGCGUGCCGCUUUCGGCACACUCAAUGGAUUUGGUUUGGGAUUUCUGGUGGCACUAAUGUUCCUACCCAUGGUCAUGGGCCUCUAUGCUUAUGAGGACCAGUUAUUGGACCCAGAGGGCCUGACGCAGGCCGAGCAACGGGGACUGGAGUUUCUCGAAGCUCUCGUGGAGAAUCGUGACAAUCCUGACAGUGACAUGGUGCCCGCUGAGACUAGCACGAGUCGCGACGACACAUCCGCCGUGCCGCUGGUGCCACGGGCAUCGUGAUCACUGCAACUGCUCGGCCUUGGAUAUUGGUUUGAAGAGUUCGAGUACAGGUGCCGCUCGUGACCACCAAUCAACUGACCCAGCGGGCUAUUUCUGAGCAGCUCGGAUGCCGCUCUGAAGCCUCGAGUCCCGCCACCAGGAGAACAGUAGUGUGGUCAGGUGCGGAUCAAGAUGCUGUGUGCUGUUCAUGGUAGCGCCUAAUGGUGAAUGUAUAGGUCAACUGUGGCGGCGGUGUAUCAGGGAUCAGAGAACCUCUCUGGUGUUUCCGCUUGCGGCUGUUGCUUGUCCGAUUGCUCUGGCGAAUGGCAAUCAAUGUGACACGGUCACCGUUUCUGCAAGCGCUGCUAUCCUGGAUGGACAGUGGGAGAUAAGGUGUAUGCCGAAAUCCAACUCGAGCCACCAAUGACGCCAGUCCUCCGCCACACACGCACCUCUCUAUAGUGUCCGUAUCACUGUCCUACGUAUCAGCAUGAUGGUGUGGCGUGCAGUUGAACUAAGAGUUGCGAUUCAGUAGCACAACUCAGUAACACAAUGACUCAGUCAGUUGACUGUAAGUGGUAACAGUCACGCAGACACUUGAUCAUGUGCACCAUGAUAUGCUCUACUGACAUUCACUACAAUACUUUUGGAGAGGCUGUGAGAAAGCUUCCGCAUUUAGAAAAUUCUAUUUUUAGAGCAGUGAAUUAUGUAUGCCUUUUCACAAUCAA